UUAUGCUCAAAGUUUAUUUGAAAAAAUUUAUAAUUAUCAUAAAUCUCAUAAUGGAUCUUUUGAUCUUGCAUUAGAUGCAGGAACUGGUACAGGACAAGUAGCAAAUAUUUUAUCGAAUUCAUUCAAUAAAGUUUAUGGUAUUAAUUCAUCAUCAGUGAUGUUACAAAAUGCUAUUUGUAAACCAAAUAUCCAAUAUUUAGUUGGAAAUGCUGAAGAUUUAUCUUAUUUUAAAGACUUUUCAGUUGAUUUAUUAACAGUAGCUAGAGCUUUUCAUUGGUUUGAUUUAAAAAAAUUUUUUCAAGAAUCACAUCGUGUUUUGAAAUCAAAUGGAACCUUAGCUAUUUGGGCUUAUAAAUAUGGUAUUUUCAAAAAUGCACCUGUUGCAACUAAAUUAUCAAGAGAAUUUCAUAUGAAUACUAUGUACUCUUAUUUCGAGAAAAGUAUAUAUACUGUUAAUAAUUUAUAUAAAGAUAUUAAAUUUCCUGAGGAAUUAUAUCAAAACAUUCAACAGGAAAUAUGUGAUGAAGAAAAUAAUGAAGAUAAAAAUCAGCAAGUUGUAGUUAAGUGGAAUGUUUCUCAAUAUGAAAAUUAUUUGAGGAAAAAUCCAAAUGGAAAAGAUCUUGUUGAUGAACUAAUUUCUAAUAUGAAAGAAGCUGAAGGUUGGAAUGAUAAUGAACUGUUAUCAAUAUCUUUUUGUAGUGUAUUUAUUUUAGCUGAAAAGAAGUCUUUAUAA